UUUUAUUUGCAUCUCUUGUCUGCAAGAGCGAGCCGCCCGAAGCUCUCCAGCGCGAGGGCGAUGGAGGGAGGGAGCGAGAAAGAAGGCAAAGUCUUUAGUGCUUCCCCUCCCCCCCCUCAUCAAAGCAAAGGGGAAAUGUCUCAGCCGAAGGGAGGUAAGAGGAAGCCGGUGCUCAAGCUCCCCAAGGAGGUGUUUGAGCAGCCUCAGCCCGCCGCAGCACCCCCUAGAGAUUUGGAUUCAAAAGCUUGUGUAACCAUCGGAGAGAAGAACUUCGAAGUGAAGGCCGAUGACCUGGAGCAGAUAUGCGAGCUCGGCCGAGGAGCGUACGGCGUGGUGGACAAGAUGAGGCACGUUCCCAGCGGCCUGAUCAUGGCGGUGAAGCGGAUCCGGGCCACAGUGAACACUCAGGAGCAGAAGAGGCUGCUCAUGGAUCUCGACAUCUCCAUGAGGACGGUGGACUGUUACUACACGGUCACCUUCUACGGAGCGCUUUUCAGAGAGGGCGACGUCUGGAUCUGCAUGGAGCUGAUGGACACGUCCCUGGACAAGUUCUACAAGCAGGUGAUCGAGAAGGGCAUGACGAUCCCCGAGGACAUCCUGGGAAAGAUCGCCGUCUCGAUAGUAAAAGCUCUGGAGCAUCUGCACAGCAAUCUGCAAGUCAUACACAGAGACGUGAAGCCGUCCAACGUGCUGAUCAACACUCAGGGUCAGGUGAAGAUGUGCGACUUUGGCAUCAGCGGCUACCUGGUCGACUCGGUGGCUAAAACAAUGGACGCCGGCUGCAAACCCUACAUGGCGCCGGAGAGGAUCAACCCCGAGACGAACCAGAAGGGCUACAGCGUCAAAUCUGACAUCUGGAGUUUAGGAAUCACGAUGAUCGAGCUCGCCAUCCUGCGUUUCCCCUAUGACUCAUGGGGAACGCCGUUCCAGCAGCUGAAGCAGGUGGUGGAAGAACCGUCGCCACAACUUCCUGCCGACAAGUUCUCCCCUGAGUUUGUGGACUUCUCCUCUCUGUGCUUAAAGAAAGUUUCCAAAGAGCGGCCGACUUACACAGAACUCAUGCAACAUCCCUUCUUCACCUCCCACGAGGCCAAAGAAACCGACGUGGCCAGCUUUGUGAAAGUCAUCUUGGGGGAUUGAGUCGCCUCACCUGCACAGGACGGACACCAAUCGCAGCCUCCUCCCUGCCUGCUCCCCCCCUCCCCCUCCCCUCCUUCCUGAUGGAGCCCAAAGGAGAUGCUGA